AUGAGCGAUUCAGCCGAGAACCUAACACAGAAGGCCACGUCAACUCCUCAUACUGAUGACGAGUCAAUAACAACUUCGACUGAGUCGGAUUCCUUAGAAACAUGGACAUUAGUGAAUGAUAAAAAUAGAAAGAAAGACGAAUUAACAGCAUCCACUGAGCUUGUAAAUGCAAAUAAUAGAAUUGAAAUACUAACUACUUCCAGCAGCUCGAAUGUGAACAAAGAGUCUCAUGAAAAUACUGGGUACCGUACGGAUGAUGACUCCAAUGUUGACGACGUUUCUGAAGGCAUAUCAAUCAUAAGCGAAAGUGAAAGUGCUGGUCGAGCUUCGCCUAUUGAAACUGAGGCAAAUUUAACCGAUCUAAAUUUAAGUGGUUAUUCUAAUCAUGAAAAUGUUCACCUAGACGAAAAGUUUCGCUUUCCUAUUCGCAUACCACAAUCCCACUUGCCAUCAUCAAGUGUCAACUCUUCGGAUGAAAAUGCACUAAGACAACGACGUAUUCGCCGCUCCAGCUCUAACGGAGCUGCAAAUGAUAAAUCUCUGCAGGAAAAAGAUGACACCGUAGUAGGAAACAGUGUAUAUCCUUUUGUGCGACAUAGUUUGAAAACUGCCUUCAUAGUUUGUGUGUUUUUAGCAACACUAGCUUUUAUAGGCAAAUUGCUUAACCCUGAUUGGCAACUGUUGCCUACCAAUAGCUACUUGUCUGUAUUGGAACAAAAGUUAACAGAUUUGGAACUGCAAAAUAAUUUAAUGCGCGCGGAAAUUGAUAUUCUAUCUAGACAAGUAAAAUAUUUAAGUGACUUAAGUGAAAACAGCGCAAUUAAUAGAGACAAUGUGGAAAAGGGACCAAAGUAUCAACAUCGUCAUUUCAAGCAAACUGGUGAAUGGAUAAUGAAGCAGAAGGAUAAAAGUUUUAAAGCUUGGCCUGGCAAUGGGAAUAAUCUUGAUCCCGUAGAGAUAACAAAAGAAGAUCUAAGGAAACCGUUCAAAUGUCCAAAUGGAAAUUACGUGGAAAUGGCAGGCAUGUGUAUAGAAAAAAUAGAACCGAACAUUAAAAAUGUAGAAGAUAUCAUCAAUGUAGUCGAUGAUAUAGUGAUUGAGCAAAUAGUUGAAGGAAUACAAUCAUUGAAUGAAGAUUCGGCUACCGACAGUGCCCCUAAUGCCAAUAUAAACAAACCAGGCUUUAAGGGCAGUAAGGUUGACACAAGCGAGCUUGAAACUGAAUAUAAUAGAAACAAGAAAUUUAUAAACACAGGUAAUAGAAACUCUAAAGAACGCGAUAGUUCGGAGAAAAAGUACGAUACACAAAAACAUUGGAAGCAGCACAAAAAUUUGUACAAAGAUGGUAACAAAAGCGAUGAGGAUGAAUUUAGUGACGAAGACGAUGAAGCUUCGAUUGAAGAUUUUAAAAAGAAACCGUUUAAUUCUAAAGAGAGGUAUAACAAAAACGAUAAAGAACGUAAAAAUGGCAAUAAAUACAGCGAACGUUAUCAAAAAGAACGAAAAUUUGAUAAAAACUCAAGGGAGAGGAAAUACUUCGAUUCCGAUGAACAAUCGCCUAAAAGUGGCGAAUGGCAUGAGAAACUAAUGAAGCAACGCGAAACAUCACGGCAUGAGAAUGAGUAUCGCCAACGUAACAAAAACUGGUACAUUGAACGAGGCAACAGUCGUGAGAAAAUGCGUCAUAGUUGA